GUCUGUCAUUGCUGUCAAGUCAAUUUGACUACCUAUGUGUCAAUCUCAAAUCAAAGAAUAAAAACAUUUUUGGUUUUGCUUGUUUAGAUUAUAAAAUAAUGUCUUACUUUAUGAAUUAAACGAAAAUGUUGAGUGUUAGUAACAUAAAAACAGUAUGACGGCUGGUAAAGUGAAGUAUUAGUAAAUAUAUUCCGUUAUAUGUGAAUUUGUAGCAGCCAAAAUGUAUUUCUACGAACGAUUUUGCCUGUGGAUAGGACACCUCAAAUUAUCUCGUGUGAUAUUUCUAGUUUCUGUAAUAUUAUUCGUCGUGCCUCUGUUCACACAUUAUUAUUUGUCUAAAUAUGACGAAUCUGGUUCAUUGGCUAAUAAUCCAAUGCGGCACACUCUAGAAGCACUUGGUGACAUCUCAACAAUGAAUGCAGCCGAUUUGAAACUCAGAAUUGAAGAAAUGCUAAGAAUAAAGGCGUCAGUGUCUACAGAGUUACGUGAAUUGGAAGCAAAGCGCGGGCGGCUACAGCGUGAGGCGGCGGCGGCAAGCGCUAAAGCCGACAGCGCUAAGGCGGAGCACGCGCGCGCCGCCGCCGAGCUACAGCGCCUCCGCGUCUCCGCCGACCAGGCUCGCAUCGCACAGCUCGAAGCCAUCCGAAGAGACUCGCCCGAACUGGCGCCCCCUCUACAAAUACUCCCCUCACGACCUCCUCCCGUCCUACCCCCUAUAGCACAGUCCUCCGAAGUCCACUGUCGCAUGUUUUCAUGCUUUGAUCAUUCCCGCUGCUCUUUGACGUCAGGCUUUCCCGUUUACCUCUACGAUCCUGACAUAUACGCGCCUCUAGCCGGCGCGGAAGUAGACGGAUUUCUCAAAACAACUCUACGACAGACACUGGGAUACAAUACCCACAUAACGCGAAAUCCAAACGAAGCAUGUAUUUAUCUCGUCAUUGUUGGUGAAGCUUUCCCCUUUGAGAAAACUCCCGCGCCAACAAUAGAUACAUACAAGCUAUUAUUAAAUGAGACUGCUAUCAAGAGCUUGCCUUACUGGGGCGGCGACGGUCGCAACCACGUGCUGUUGAACAUGGCGCGGCGGGAGCUGGCGGUGGGCUCGGGCGACGCCUUCCGGGGAGCGUCGGUGGGCCGCGCCAUGAUCGCGCAGUCCACCUUCACGCACGACCAGUUCCGGCCCGGCUUCGACAUCAUCACGCCGCCCGCGCUCGGCCCGCCCGGCGGCGACGUGUGGGCGGACUGCGCGCCCAUAGCACCCGCGCGACGGAAAUACUUGCUCAGUUUUCAGGGCUCACAACCGCCGCCGAAAGGAAUAGACAAGGACCUCGACAAAACUCUGAUUGAGGCAUUACAGAAGAUGGUGAAGUCUGCGCCGGCGUCCGACCUGUUCCACCUGCAGUUCGAGUGCGACCCGCCGGUGGAGCGGCGCGCCGUGCUGCCGAUCGGCGACUGGGCACUGUGCGGCACGGACCGCUCGCGCCGCGCCGUGCUGCGCGACUCCACGUUCGCGCUGCUGCUGGCGCCCGCCGACCGCGCCUACGUGAGCACGGCGCUGCUGCAGGCGCGCCUGUACGAGGCGCUGCGCUCCGGCGCCAUCCCCGUGCUGCUGGGCGGCGACCGCUCGCGCCUGCCCUACGACGAGGUGCUGGACUGGCGGCGCGCGGCGCUGAGCCUGCCCCGCGCCCGCGCGCCCGAGCUGCACGUGCUGCUGCGCGCGCUGCCCGACGCCGACCUGCUGGCGCUGCGCCGCCAGGGCCGCCUGCUGUGGGAGCGCUACCUCAGCUCCGUGCAGGCCAGCGUCGACUCGCUGCUGGCGGCGCUGCGCACGCGCCUGCACAUCCCGCCGCGCCCCGUGCCGCCCACCGUGGGCCCGCCCGCCUUCAACGAAUCAUACUUCCCGCCGCGGGUCGAGCCUCCCGCAGUCGAUGCCGAGCCUGAAGAGACGCUUGGGCCGCUCGAGGCGCCGUAUCCGAGCCCCGCGUACCGUCGCAACUAUUCCGUGGCAUUGCUACACGGAUAUGAGUUAUGGAAUGACUGGGGCGAACCGUUCGCGUUGUACCCGCAGCUACCAUGGGACCCGGUGGUGACGUCAGAGGCCCGGUUCCUGGGGUCUGCUGCAGGGUUCCGGCCGGUGGGGGCGGGCGCGGGGGGCUCAGGUCGCGAGUUCAGCGAGGCGCUGGGCGGCGACCGGCCGCGGGAACAGUUCACUAUCGUCAUACUUACUUACGAGAGAGAGGCUGUGCUGGCAGCCGCGCUAGCCAGACUGAGGGGGUUGCCCUAUUUAAAUAAGGUGGUGGUGGUGUGGAACGGCGGGUCUGCGCCGUCGGCGGGCGCGUGGGCGGAGAGCGGGGCGCCGGUGGCGGUGGUGCGGGCGGGCCGCAACUCGCUCAACAACCGCUUCCUGCCCUACCACCUCAUCGACACCGAGGCCGUGCUGUGUGUCGACGACGACGCGCAUCUCCGACACGACGAGAUUGUCUUCGCUUUCAGGGUUUGGCGCGAACAUCGCGACCGUAUCGUCGGAUUUCCCGGUCGAUACCAUGCUUGGGAUCUCAACUUUAACAAUGGAUUCCUUUACAACUCUAACUACAGCUGCGAGUUAAGCAUGGUGCUGACAGGCGCGGCGUUCGUCCACCGCUACUACUUGUGGGCAUACUGGCGCAUGCUGCCGGCCGCCAUACGGGAUUAUGUCGACGAGUACAUGAACUGCGAAGAUAUCGCUAUGAACUUCCUCGUCUCGCAUAUUACGAGGAAACCGCCCGUCAAGGUGACGUCACGAUGGACUUUCCGGUGUCCCGGGUGUCCGGUGACGCUGUCGGCUGACGAGACGCACUUCCACGAGAGACAUAAAUGUAUACAAUUCUUCUCACAGGUGAUGGGUUACACGCCCCUUCUAACGACGCAGUACCGCGCAGAUUCCGUAUUGUUCAAGACGCGGAUACCGCACGACAAACAGAAAUGUUUCAAGUUCAUAUAGUCACAAAUCAUCUUCCAUAUUUGAAUUUGUUACAAAUCAUUGCAGGACUGUAGACAAUUAUUAUUUUUUCCCCACGAGCGAACAACAGAUCUAGUCGAAAGAGGCCUAUUAAAGGUAAGUCGACGGAGAAAAAAGUUUAUAGGUUGUAAAUCAAUGAGUAUUAGUUGUAGCGUCCCAGUAGGUGUUCAUUACCAAAAUCUCUUUUAGUACAAUCAAAUUUUGCCCAGUGAAAGUUUAUUUGUAGAUUAUAUACAAGAUUUACCGUCUUACCACAAAAACUUUUAAACGUCAGUUUAUGCCUUGUCUAAAAAAAUGUCAAAUUAUGACGUUGACAUAUGGUUCAUUUUGCAGCCAAAAUUUUAUUAGACAACUGUAAAACAGGGUUUAAAGUUUUUGUAGUAAGGCCCUAUGUAUUUAUAACUCAUGCUCUAUUUUCGGGAGCUUACAAAUUUAAUUUCAUAAAGAAUCCUGUUUUAUUGAUUUUGAGAAGCAAAAAUAGAUUUUAUACGCAGAUCUUUUAUUUUAUAUUUAAAACAAAUGUGAGUCUCGUAUAUAUCUUGAACUUUGCAUUUAUUUAAUAAAUAAAAUUUGUAAUGGAAUUGAUUAAUGACAAUAGAAAUAAUGUAUGUAAGGUGCGUGAAUAAACGUAACAUUAAAAUGAAUAGGAAUACUUUGUAAAUAUCUCAUUAUGUAAUAUACUAUACGUAACAAAUUGUACAUUCAAGUUAUCCAAAUAAAAUUGUGUAGCAUAAUGACAAUAAAAUUAAGUACACUGUACAUAAUAAUGGAAAUAGUGUGAAUGUCUAGAAAAAUAAAUUCAAUUUAACCGAAAAGGCAGCUAGCGACAGUAUAAAAUUAUAAAUAGCAAGCCAGUUAAAAAGUUAGUAAUAUUUAAUGUUAAAUAAAGGAAUAUAGAAUUGAAGUGUUCGGGUAUUCUACGCAUUAAUUGGUAUCGCACAAACAACCACAAUUUUUACAGGCUACUUUUGCAAAUUAAAUUAUGUAAUUUAUUUGACACAUUUUCACAAGAUGCAGUAUAAAUGAUAGAUAAGUUUUUACGUCAUUCACACAUAGCCUUUCAUUUGGCUUAUUUUAAAGGAGUCCGUGGUAACUUUCGCCAUCUAUCCAUAUGUAAGCGUGAAUAUAAGAAUCAAUAUGUAAAGCUAAGUUCAAUGUGUUGUCAUUAACUUUAAGUAUAACUUUUUAAAAGAUAUUCUUACAUAGCAACUGUAUAAUAUAUGUAUUUACAAGACUGACCGAUCAACAUUAUUGUUUUAAAAUAAUAUAAUUAAUUGGUGUUUACCUUAUUCCAUAAGAAUUGUGAAUUAUUUUUAACAAUUAUUUUAUUGAAAUCAAGUCAUUAUUUUUGAGAGUUUAUUGCAUUUAGUUUUCUUUAGAGAUAUUUUAUAUUAGGUUGUUUAAACUGACGAAGAUUUUUGUAUCAAAUAAGUUCCGUAAGUUAUACACUCUGAAAAGAUUAUUCCUUAAAGAAAUCCUUAGACCAUGUAAUAUAACUAAAACCUGUGUUCUAAAUAUAGAUAGAUGUGCAAACAAAUUGAUUUAUCCUUUAUUUUACCUUGAACGUUAUUCUAUUCUAUAUAAUUAUUUGUUGUAAAGUUGCAAUGACUUGCGGUGGUGAUACGAGGUGACACUUGUCGCCACAACCGCAGCUGCCUCGUGCUACUAGUAUUAGCCAUCAGCGAUCAAAUUACUAUUUACUAGUAAUUACAUGAGGUCAUGAUAACCCUCAAAUGUCCUUCCACAACAGCGACAAUAACACAGUUUUUUUAUUAACUUCCAAAACUGCACACAAUUUUUUUACGAUUGAAGCAGUUAUUAUACUCUCAUUAUAUGCUAUAUUUGUAUGUGAACAUAGUUUCAUGUAUAUUUCAUUAAUUUUGUUACUUCAAGUCAUAGUGGUUGUUGUUACAGCCUUUUUAUCG